AUGACGCGUUUCUCGACGGCGACGAUGAUGAUCUUCGCGGCGGCGAUGACGGCGAUAGCUUUGAUAUCGUUACCGGAGGCGGAAGCGCAAGCGGCUACGACGUGCGUGAACAAGCUAGUCCCCUGCUUCAAUGCCCUGAACACGACGACGAGGCCUCCGAAAGAUUGUUGCGACUCGAUCAAGGAAGCGGUGGAGAAAGAGCUUACCUGUCUCUGCACUAUCUACACCACUCCUGGUUUGCUCUCUCAGUUCAACGUCAAUGCUUCUCAAGCUCUCGAUAUCAGCCGUCGAUGCGACGUCGACACUGAUCUCUCCGCCUGUUCCGGUAAUUUCUGA